CUUAACGAUUUUAACACUAGAGUUUUGCAAUAGUUUGAGGACGUCACUUGGAAUUUUCCAUCUCUCUCUCUCUCUCUCUCUCUCUUUCUGGAAACGGGACAUGAACAGACGUCGCGUCACCUAACGAACUCGCUCUGACAUCUCUGCACUGAAAAUGAUUCACUUCGUGCUUCUCAUAAGCAGGCAAGGUAAAGUGAGGCUGACAAAGUGGUAUUCAGCUUAUCCUCAGAAGGAAAGAACUAAGGUUAUUCGAGAGAUUAGUGGUGAAGUACUUUCAAGAGGGCCCAAACUUUGCAACUUUGUCGAGUGGAGAGGAUUGAAAGUUGUUUAUAGAAGGUAUGCCAGCCUUUACUUCUGUAUGUGCAUCAACCAAGACGACAAUGAACUGGAGGUUCUUGAAAUAAUCCAUCACUAUGUGGAAACUUUAGAUCGCUACUUUGGAAGUGUGUGCGAGCUGGAUUUGAUCUUCAACUUUCACAAGGCAUAUUACAUCCUGGACGAGCUACUGCUGGCUGGCGAACUUCAGGAGUCGAGCAAGAAAACUGUUGCUCGCCUUAUUGCUGGACAGGAUGCUUUGGUGGAGACUGCCAAAGAGGAGGCUAAUUCCAUCAGCAACAUAAUUGCUCAGGCCAGCAAAUGAGGGCGCCACUCCCUCUCUCAAUCGACUUCUGAAUAUCCGACUGAUCUGGCGACUGAGAGAGAGCUCGGACAUAACCAAGCUGGAGGAAAAUUGGUCACCCAGUACCGAUUGCAAAUAAGUCAUUUGUCUCCACAUUUUUUGUCACCAUUCACUGUUGUUAAAUUUCAUUUUGAUGUAGUGUUACAAAUGUUAAGACUUUGCGACUUAAUUAGUCUACAAAAUGAUUCGACUCUUAUCGCGUGUUCAAUGUGAAGCAAGAAAUGCUCACUGGCGGCUUGCCAUAGCGUUGUACACUAAUUUCGCAAACCUGCCUUAGAGUAUGUGUAGCAUUACUACUGAUCUAACUCGUUGAUGAUUUCGCUCA